GGCUGCACGGCAGAAGUUCUCCUCCUACUUUAGAGGAGGGUGUGUCUGUCCGAGAAAAAACGCACAGUUGUUACACAGUUUUGAACUUCUUUUCGACAGCUUCGGCUUGAGUGUUUGGUACCACCCGUUAUUACUGACGCUGCAGUCAUUUCAUGAGCUGACUGGGCUGCUGUGGCAGGCGACGCGUCUCUAUCGGGUUUAUUGCUUGUCUUAAAAAGUAGUUGUCGGUCUGACGCAGCGUUAGCCUGGGACGCUUCACUGAUCAUGGGGGAUGUGAUUUCUAGUCACCUGGAUGAAGCCAAACGGGAGAUUAUCACAGCUUGGACCGGAAAGGUGAUUGCUGAGUUUGGACAUUUGUAUGAGCAGCAGUACGCAGUAGCUCUGUUCAACAAAGUUCGCUUUGACGUAGAGGGAGGAGCUACCCUGCAACCUCAGCUGCUUCACCGCAAGAUUUCUCUGGAGAACAAGGCCAUUUUUUCAGGGUCCCUCUUUCAGUACUUGGAGGAAAACAAGAAAUGGAGGAACCACUUCCUUUUCAUCCCAGACUCCCAUGACAUCAAGUACUACGACAACAAGGCGUCCCAUGACAGACUCCUCCAUCCCAAAGGAACUAUCAACUGUGCCGGCUAUAAAGUCCUGACAUCUAUGGAGCAAUACUUGAGUCUGAUCAGCAACAGCUUGCCAGGUGUUAAAGCCAAGGUGGGAAGUUCCCCCUUUCUGAAGUGUGCCACUCAGUACCCUCUGAUAAUGUGGCACCCUUAUGCCCGCCACUACUAUUUCUGUGUGACGACAGAGAAAGAGCAGCAGAAGUGGCAUAUGGUACUCCAAGACUGUGUCAGACACUCCAACAAUGGUUUGUCAGAUGAGAAAAAAGUUCAGACACCAGCCUUCACUAAUGCAGUGCGACUCUACCGUCAAGCUCAAGGCCAGUAUGGCACCUGGGAAAUGAUGUGUGGUGCACCAUCACAGAUCUUGUCUAACCUGGUGAUGGAGUGCCUCCUCCCUGAGCUGAGAGAACUCAUCUCCCCCCGCCUCAAAGGCAAACUGCAUGAGAAACAAAGGAACUGGAUACUGAUCAGUGAUGCUGUGUACAGCCUGGUGCAGGCGCAGUGCCAGACUCAGUAUGAAGCAGUGUUGCAGAAGUGUGAGGCUAACCGCUCUUCUUUAGAGGCCUCCGUACGAACAGACAUGGACCAGAUCAUCACAUCCAAGGAACACGUGACCAACAAGAUCAGAGCUGUGGUUCUUCCCAAAGCAGAGAAGCUGCUGAAGGUGAGCAUUCAACCCUACAUCAGCUCCAUCCUAGAGGCCCUGAUGGAGCCCACCAGCCGAGGUUUCUUCGAGGUCCGCGAGGUUUUCUUCCGAGAGCUGGUGGACAUGAGCAAAAACGUGCUGAAUGAGGGCACUAAGGAGGUGGUGGCACAGCACAUGGAGAAGAUCUCAAUGCUUGCCUUCCAUCCAGUGAAGAUGUACAGCUGCUAUGAGAAGGUGAUGCAGCUGAGUCUGGAAGGUCUGGAUCAGAGAUUUGACAUCUCGAGUCCCUCAGUGUUCAUCCAGAGGGUCCAGAUCCUCAUGAGAGAGCAAAUGGACAAUGCUGUUUAUACAUUUGAGCAGAUCCUUCAUCAGAGUCUGGAGUCUCAGGGCAGUGAGGAUCUCUGUAAGACCAUCCAGCGCUGCCAGGACAGAGUUAUUAAGAAAUUUGACUAUGACAGCAGCACAGUGAGGAAGCGUUUCUUCCGCGAGGCUCUCUUGCAGAUCUUCAUCCCCUACAUUCUAAAGCAGCUCAACCCUUGCUUUGUAUCUGAGUUGCCACGCUUUGAGGAGCUGAUCUUCGAGGACUUUUCCCGCUUCAUCCUGGUAGAAAACAUCUUUGAAGAGGUUGUGCUGCAGUCAGUCAUGAAGGACAUUAUAAUGGCUGUAAAGGAGGCAGCAGUCCAAAGGAGACACAAUCUGUACAGGGACAGUAUUGUUCUGAGCAACAGUGACCCCAACCUGCAUCUGCUUGGAGAUAAUCCCUCCAUCGACUGGGCAGGACAGUACGGCGGCGACCAGGAGGAGGAGGAUGGGGCAGAGAAUGAUGCUGAGUACGAUGGUGAGGUGAAAAGUGUGACGUCCCGGAAGAAGAAAAGAGUGAAGCAGGUGGUGUCCUUGAUCCAGAUGGAAGGCAGUACGGUCCUGCCCAGCGAGUCAUGCCUGGAGGUGCCUGGUGUUGAAGACAUACCAGAGGAAGAUGGAGAGGGGCAGAAAGAGAAUGGAGCUGAGGAGAACUCUGAAAACAAGCCUUUGUGUGACCAGAAUGGAUUUGCAAGUCUCAAAGCCUCCACAGAAAAGCCAGAAGACGACAACAAACCCGAGGAGCAGCAGAAAGAGGAAUUCCAGGCGAUCGAGUCUGCUGAGGAAGGAGAGGGAGAGGAAAGUCAGGCUGUGGCAAAAGAGCAGCCAUCAUCCAAGCAGGAGGAGUCAGAGGAGGUUUUACUCCUGCCACCUGCUCCAGCAGCACAAAAGGAGUCUGAGAUUAAGGAGACGAGCGUAGCUGCAGGAGGAGACCAGUGACUAAAGUGAAUCCUGCCCGGUUCUUUUUGCUUUUCCAGUUUAUACCAAGUUUAAGACACUAAAUAUAAUUUUUAACCACAACAACCCAAACUUUGUCUUCACAUGGUAGAAACAUGAGCACGGUGGACAUGCACCAGUCUGUGUGCUGUGUAUAAAUGUGACAAGGUGCAAGAACACCAGGAUUGAGGUGCCUUUUAAGAAGCUGGGUGUGUUUGACCUUCAAUCUGACUUUUCUAACUGCUCUGAUUCAAACCGUAAGCAUUAAAAAGUCACUGAGUAAUGAACAGCUUAAAGAACGUGUGACAAAAAAAUGAAUCCUAAAUGCAGACGAUCGUGUCCAUGUCAGCACCGACAGUUUGUUUUGGGUUGGUGGGAACGGCACUGUUUUACAUGAGUAACCACUUUACCAAGAAAGCUUUUAUUAACUGUAAUUUUACAUCAUUUUCUAUCAUUUCAUCUUUUUGCACACUUUUUUAUUUUUAGAUUGAAGUUUCUGAAGCAAAUGAUUUAUUGAUAAUAAAUUAUCGAUCAAAAAUUUAUUUGUCAUCGUUUCUGUUGCCACGUGUGCACACCAAGGUUGGUAUAGAGAACUAAAACAAAACUUAAAGCUAUAAUGAAAAUUUUAUUUCAGUUAGUAAAAUGUAAACAGUGAUUGAUGUAUUGAUUGCUCAUGGACCAAUAAGAAACACAAGGGUAUUCACUCUGUUAAACGUCACCGUACAUAAGCUGUUCCAGGUGAUCCAGGACGUUUCUGAGGUCCUUUCCACCUACGAACUACAUCACGGGAGAAUGCAAGUGUAUGUGUGUACAUACAUAGAAUAGGGUCAAAGGUAAUGGGUGUGAAUGUGUAACCCAUAUUUCCAAUGAUCCACACUCUUAAAAUCACACGUUACCUUCUAAAGAUGAUGACCUGAAUCCUGAAGAACACUUUUGGUGUGGUCUUCCCUGUAGAGACGAGCAGAAUGUAAACUGUUCCUUUUACAACAGAGAAAACUUUCUGUUCAACUUGGAAAUGAACAAAAUCACUGAGGCUAUAAUUUUCUUUAAUAUUUGACAUUUAGGUGUUAUUACAGAGCAGUUCUGUAUCUGCGUGAACAGUAACACAGUUUGCUGCAUCGACUGAUCGUCCUCCAUCCUUUGCUCUGGUUUGUAUCUCUGUGUGUUACACUUAUAAACACAUCCCCACAUCACUGUUGGUAGAAAAUUAAAGAAUUUAAACUGUA